AUGGUCAACACAUGCGGUGGUUCCCUUAGAUCCAAGUACCCGCACAGCUUCAAGCACCCCGCCUCCCAGCGCCACGACCCCGACCGCGAAUACGACAACACCGCCGCCACCGGCUCCCCAAAGAAGCAGCAGCCCGGCUUGCAGCUGACCGCCAAGACGGACGGCCACGCGGCCCCCGCGCAGCCCGUCACAGCCAUGAGGCGCGGCGGGGCGGGCGCGCCGGCGGACCUUGGCUCGGUCCUCGGCCACCCCACGCCCAACAUGCAUGACCUCUACGCGCUGAGCCGGAAGCUCAGGCAGAGCCAGUUCGGCACCACCUACCUCUGCACCGAGCUGGCCACGGGGGCCGACUACGCCUGCAAGUCCAUCUCCAAGCGCAAGCUCAUCACUAAGAAGGACAUCGAUGACGUGCGCCGCGAGAUCCAGAUCAUGCACCAUCUCUCCGGCCACCACAAUGUCGUCGCCAUCAAGGGCGCCUACGAGGACCAGCUCUACGUCGUCGCCAUCCGGAUUCCCUGUAGUCUUAGAGAGAGGGGGAUUGAGCUGCUGGCCCUCUGUACCUGCGUCGCCAAAGUGGCACGACAAUUAGGUAACCGAUAUCUUUGA